AUGAGCAUCAACAUCGAGAAACUCCAAAGCGAAGACGAAGUGGUGUUUAAGCUGAAAGGAGAAGUAACAGCACUCGAAAAGGAAAUAAAAAAUUGGUUCAUUAAGAGGAGACUAAACAUGGAGCUGAAUUACUCCCUACAUAAUUUAUUUAGUAACUAUAACAUUGUUGGGUUGUCCAUUAAUAAAAACAUCGACGUGAAGGAGAAGAUGUUAUGGCACGACAUAGUCAAUGGGAAGCCCACCCUGGAAGACACGCUCAGCUUGGAUGCAAAAGAGUACAAGGCUGAUAUGUAUAGCAAGAUAUGGGAAAACAGCACAACGACAGAAAAUCCAUGCAGACUAGUCGGAUCGAUUUUCUUUCGAUGUCUAAAAAAUAAUUACCACUUAAUGGAAGAAGAACGAGAGGGCACGUGCAUGCACAGCUUCGUGAACUUCACCAAUUGUAGAAAGGCGCUGAAGUUGCAGCAGGCCAACAAUAUAAGAACUGCCCUCACGAAGCAGAAUGCAGAGGACACACAUGCGAAAGCUCUCUUUGAGCGAAGGAGUGCUCUUUUGGAGAAGUUGGCGGGGUGCCGCUCCCUACAGUGA